AUGAAGGAUCAAAAGACUGAAAGUGGAGGUGGGUAUGUGAGAGCAGAUCAAAUAGAUCUCAAGAGCUUGGACGAGCAACUGCAAAGGCAUUUAACUAGAGCAUGGACUAUGGAAAAGAACAAGAGCAAGAAGGAUGCAGAUCAAGGAGAAGGAGAAGCUGGAGAAACGCAAAGAGUCACCAAGAAUAAUAACAGUGCCACCACAGCUAGACAACAAUGGGAGAUUGACCCCUCCAAGCUCAUCAUCAAAAGUGUUAUAGCUCGCGGCACUUUUGGAACCGUUCACCGGGGCGUUUAUGAUGGCCAGGAUGUUGCUGUUAAACUUCUUGAUUGGGGUGAGGAGGGCCACCGGUCAGAGGCCGAGAUUGCUUCUUUGAGAGCAGCUUUUACGCAAGAAGUUGCCGUUUGGCACGAGCUUGAUCAUCCUAACGUGACAAAGUUUAUUGGGGCUACAAUUGGCACGUCAGAGCUAAACAUACAAACAGAGAACGGUCACAUGGGGAUGCCAAGUAAUGUUUGCUGUGUUGUUGUCGAGUAUUGCCCUGGGGGUGCUUUGAAAUCUUACCUCAUAAAGAAUAGGAGAAGGAAGCUUGCUUUUAAAGUGGUCAUGCAAUUGGCACUAGAUCUUGCACGAGGGUUGAGCUAUCUCCAUUCCAAGAAGAUUGUCCAUAGAGAUGUUAAAACUGAAAAUAUGCUUCUGGACAAGACACGUACAGUGAAAAUAGCUGACUUUGGGGUUGCUCGCCUAGAGGCAUCAAAUCCUAAUGACAUGACUGGCGAGACUGGAACGCUUGGAUACAUGGCACCAGAGGUACAAAAUUUAGAAGGCAUACAGGCCUCUGCUUUUGCGACAGUUCUCAAUGGCAAUCCGUAUAAUAGAAAGUGCGAUGUGUACAGUUUUGGUAUCUGCCUGUGGGAGAUAUACUGCUGUGACAUGCCAUAUCCCGACCUCAGCUUCUCAGAAGUGACAUCUGCUGUUGUUCGACAGAAUCUGAGGCCAGAAAUUCCCCGUUGUUGCCCGAGCUCUCUGGUCAAUGUAAUGAAGAGAUGUUGGGAUGCCAAUCCUGAUAAACGGCCGGAGAUGGAGGAGGUUGUUUCCAUGUUAGAGGCAAUUGACACGUCCAAGGGUGGAGGUAUGAUCCCUCUUGAUCACCCUCAAGGUUGUCUCUGUUUUCGCAGGUACCGAGGGCCGUGA